AUUCUUAGGGCUUCCAGUCGUGAGAUGUUGGUGUUCAAGCUUAGUAGAGUUUUGAAUCUACUCAUCCCUUUUUCAAUGAUUUCCAGCAUCAAUUUGGAUUUUUCUGCAUCAUUCUAUCAGAAGACUGAAGCAAGGCAAUCUCACUCUCCUUCUGCCAUUGUCAUUGGUGGUGGAUUUGCAGGGAUUGCAGCUGCUCAUGCACUGAAAAAUGCAACUUUUCAGGUUGUGCUUUUAGAAUCUCGGGAUAGAAUUGGUGGUCGAGUUCACACUAACUACUCAUUUGGUUUUCCUGUUCACAUGGGAGCAGCCUGGUUGCAUGGUGUCUGCAACGAGAAUCCAUUGGCAUCUUGGAUUGGAAGACUUGGUCUACCAAUUUAUCGAACUUCUGGUGACAAUUCUGUCUUGUAUGAUCAUGACUUGGAGAGCUACGCACUCUUUGAUGGUGAUGGACAUCAAGUGCCUCAAGAUCUAGUGGAAAAAGUUGGUAAGGUGUUUGAAACCAUUCUGGAAGAGGCUAACAAACUCAGGUAUGAAACAAAUGAAGACAUGUCUAUAGCACAGGCUAUUAAGCUAGUCAUAGAGAGGCAUUCAAUAUGA